AUGAGUCUGGAUUUUCGGCUACUCAUCGCUACUUUAUUACUUUGUUUUGUUGUUGCAGACGUUGACAGAAUAUGUCCAAAAGUUUCAAGAGCCGCUUGUUGCACAGUCGAUUGGGAUCCCGAGUGCGUACCGAAAAAUUGUUUCAAAUGGGUGUUGACACAUUGUCCGGAAAGAAGAAGUGCAUUUGGUAGAAAAUUCCACGAUAAACGACAAGGCGAUAUUCGGAGAGCGCCCGUUCGUGAGGAUUUGGGUAAAUGCGGAACUGCAGAGCGAAACUAUCAACCGUGUACGUCAAAAAGAAUAGCCAACAAAUUAUUCCGCUCAUGCUGUGAACUCUAUGUACCUGAUGAGUGCCAUUUCAUGUGUGAAUAUGAGACUGAUCAAUCAAAGACGAGAAAAAUGCUAAUCGAUCUCGUUCGACAAAAGAAAUGCUCAAUCAAGUACCUCUCAUCGAUUCUUUAUUGCGCCUCGCAGAAUCGAGACAAUCGAAAGUGUUGCUCGGAUUUGGAUUUGAAUGCACCGCAAUUGCAGGUCGGUUCCCGUUGCCUCCGAAUGUGUGACCCAUCCGGAACAUCAAUCGAAAAGAUCACGAAAGAUGAUGUGACUUGUCUUUACAAUUGGAAUGUUAUCAUGUAUUGUCACCAUGCCGGUAUUCGGGAAAUG